UAGGCCUCUGUUGCCAUGGAGACGGCGGCGGCGGCGCGCGCGUGAAUUAAUAGGAAGAAGACUCUCGGCAAAAUGUUUGUCUACCUGAGCAAGAAGAUUACAAUUCCUGGCAAUGUUCGGCUAAGAUCUAUUUCUUGGAGCAAGGACCAGGGCUAUAUAGCAUGUGGGGGAGAAGAUGGUCUGCUGAAAGUUUUAAAAUUGGAGACAAAAACAGAUGAAUCCAAAGCAAAGGGGCUUGCAGCACCUAGCAAUCUCUCAAUGAAUCAAACACUGGAAGGUCACACUGGUGCUGUGCAAGUAGUGACUUGGAAUGAACAGUAUCAGAAAUUAACCAGCAGUGAUGAGCAUGGACUUAUUAUUGUGUGGAUGCUGUAUAAAGGUUCUUGGUAUGAGGAAAUGAUCAACAACAGAAAUAAAUCUGUUGUUCGAAGUAUGAGAUGGAAUGCUGAUGGACAAAAAAUUUGCAUUAUAUAUGAAGACGGUGCUGUAAUUGUUGGUUCUGUGGAUGGGAAUCGCAUUUGGGGAAAGGAUUUGAAAGCACAACUCCAUCAUGUUGCAUGGUCUCCAGAUGGCAGGACUCUGCUCUUUGGAAUGGCAAAUGGUGAAAUACACAUUUAUGACAAGAAUGGGACUUUUAUGAUGAAAAUGAAAAUGAACUGUUUGGUGAAUGUAACUGGAGCGUUCAGUAUUGCUGGAAUCCACUGGUACCCUGGAACGGAGGGCUACGUUGAACCAGAUUGUCCUUGCCUUGCUAUUUGUUUUGACAAUGGAAGAUGCCAAAUAAUGAGACAUGAGAAUGAUCAAAAUCCUGUCUUAAUCGACGCUGCUCUGAAUGUUGUGACUCUUCAGUGGAACCACUGUGGAAAUGUCCUGGCUAUUGCAGGCUUCCAGAAAGUAGCUGGACAAGAUAAAGAUAUAAACGUGGUACAGUUCUACUCUCCAUUUGGUGAGCAUUUGCGUACCCUGAAGGUUCCAGGCAAACAAGUUUCAGCUCUGUCUUGGGAAGGAGGAGGCUUAAAAAUAUCGCUAGCCGUUGACCAAUGUAUUUAUUUUGCAAAUAUCCGGCCAGACUAUAAGUGGGGUUACUGCACUAAUACAGUGGUUUAUGCAUAUACCCGACCUGAUCGUCCAGAGUACUGUGUUGUCUUCUGGGACAUAAAAAACAAUGAGAAGUAUUUGAAGUAUGUCAAGAGUCUGAUUUCCAUUACCACCUGUGGAGACUUCUGCAUUUUGGCAACCAAAGCCGAUGAAAAUCAACUUCAGGAGGAGCAUGAAACUGACUCUCUUGGUGCAAUGUAUGUACUUGUUCUCUGCAAUUCCAUUGGUACUCCUCUGGAUCCAAAAUAUAUUGACAUUGCACCACUGUUCGUUAUCAUGACCAAAACCCAGGUGAUAGCAGCUUCAAAAGAAGCAUUUUAUAUCUGGCAGUAUCGCGUGGACAAGAAGCUCACUGCGAUGGAAAUUAAUCAGGUGGCACGAACUAGAAAAGAGGGCAAAGAGAGGAUUUAUCAUGUAGAUGAUACCCCUUCUGGAGCAGGUGAUGGAGUACUUGAUUAUGCGAAAGCUUUACAAGGAACGAGGGAUCCGAUUUGUGCAAUAACAGCAUCUGAUAAGACACUUAUUAUUGGUCGAGAAUCUGGCACCAUUCAGAGCUACAGGCUCCCCAACGUUGGUUUGAUUCGGAAGUAUCUCCUCAACUGUCGGCCUUAUCAAAUGUCUCUGAAUUGCAUUUCCAGCCGUCUCGCUAUCAUAGACAUGUUAGGAAUGCUGGUUUUCUUUGACUUGGACACCCGAAUAACAGACAGUUCAGGAAGCCAAGCAGUAGGUGAACAACUCAAACUGGAACGCAAAGAUGUUUGGGAUAUGAAAUGGGCCAGAGAUAAUCCAGAGUUAUUUGCCAUGAUGGAGAAAACGAGGAUGUAUGUGUUCAGAAACAUGGAUCCUGAGGAACCCCUUCAAACAUCCGGAUACAUUUGCAACUUUGAAGAUUUAGAAAUCAAAUCUGUUUUACUGGAUGAAAUAUUAAAGAAUCCUGAACAUCCUAAUAAGGAUUACAUACUUAAUUUUGAGAUUAGAUCACUACGAGAUGCACAGGCGAUUGUAAAUAAUGCAGGCAUUGCAGAGUCUGCCCAGUUCAUUGAAGAAAAUUCACACCCAAGGCUUUGGCGACUGUUGGCUGAAACAGCUCUCCAGAGAUUGGAUCUUGACACUGCUGAGCAAGCAUUUGUGCGCUACAAAAAUUACCAAGGUAUCAAGUUUGUCAAGCGUCUUCUCAACCUCCAGAGUGAAUUACUGAGGCAAGCCGAAGUGGCAGUUUACUUCGGCAAAUUCGAAGAAGCUGAAAGAAUGUAUUUGGACAUGGACAGAAGAGACCUUGCUGUUGAUUUGCGAAUGAAACUAGGGAAUGGAUUUCGAGUAGUGCAGCUUUUGCAAACGGGCUCGGGACACGGAGACGACAGUCUCCUUGAAAUGGCACACAAUGAAAUUGGGGACUACUUUGCCGAUAGACAGAAAUGGACAAAUGCUGUGCCAUAUUAUGUACAAGGCAGAAACCAUGAACGUUUGGCUGAAUGUUACUAUAUGCUGGAAGACUAUCAAGCGCUAGAGGAUUUGGCUAACUCACUUCCAGAAAACAACAAAUUGCUUCCUGACAUAGCCCACAAGUUCGUUACUGUGGGUAUGUGCGAACAAGCUGUAGCAGCCUUUCUCAAGUGUAACAGACCCAAGGAUGCAGUAGAUAUCUGUGUAAAUCUCAACCAGUGGAGUAAAGCUGUUGAGCUGGCUAAGCAACACAAUAUGAAAGAGAUUGGCUCUCUACUAGCUAGAUACGCUUCUCAGUUAUUAGAAAAGAACAAGCCCCUUGAUGCUGUUGAGUUGUAUCGUAAAGCCAACUAUUUCUUUGACGCUGCUAAGCUCAUGUUCAAGAUUGCAGAUGAAGAGGCUAAAAAGAGGAGCAAGCCUUUGCGUGUAAAAAAGCUCUAUGUGAUGUCAGCUUUACUCGUAGAACAAUAUCACGAACAAAUGAAAAACGCGCAGAGGGGAAAAGUCAAGGGGAAAAUUUCAGAGGCUACUUCAGCAUUAGCCGGUUUGCUCGAGGAAGAUGUUCUCUCUUCAGACAGUCGCCUGAUCGAUAACGCUUGGCGAGGAGCUGAGGCUUACCAUUUUUUUAUACUUGCCCAAAGGCAGCUUUAUGAGGGUUAUGUAGAUACAGCAAUGAAGACUGCCCUUCACUUGAGGGAUUACGAAGACAUCAUUCCUGCAGUAGAGAUCUAUUCCCUGUUGGCUCUUUGCGCAUGUGCCAAUAGAGCCUUUUCUAUCUGUUCAAAAGCUUUUGUUAAACUGGAAUCUUUGGAAAACUCUCUCCCAGACCAGAAGCACCAGUAUGAAGAGCUUGCCCUGCAGAUAUUCACAAAACACUUUCCUAAAGAUAACAAGAAGUCAGAGUUGGAGGGUCUUCUUGAAGAGGGAGAAGGGAAGCUGCCAACCUGUGUGGCUACAGGAAGAGCCAUCACAGAGUAUCAGUUUUGGAUGUGCAAUAUCUGCAAGCACUGUGUACAAGCCCAAGAAAUCAGCAAUUACAAUUUCUGCCCUCUCUGCCACAGCUCAGUGGCCUAUUAAUCAUAGGAAAAUGUCUGCGCUGUUAUCGGUAUGCACAACAAGUGCAAAUGUAUGUGGUGUGAAAUGCUUAGAAGGCCCUGUUGAGAUUGUUACGGGGGGG